AUGCCGCGUGUUUGCGCCUCAAGCCCGGCCCAACCGACCGAGUGGACGCUUUCCAGCUCCGGCUCCGGCUCCGGAGCCGAGUCGCGGGAGCCACGAGCUCUGAUUGGCCGAGAUGGUGUGCCCGACGCCUGCCUCAACUUCGAAUCCCGCCAUUCCACCUCGCGCCGUUGCUUGUUGAGGCCCCCGUUCGACUCCGGCCAGACGCAGAGACGAGGCGGGCACCACCGACUGUACAUUCUGACUUGUGUCUUCUUCAUCCGCCCCGACCGACCGGCCAGUCGUUGGCGGCAACGCCCGAACUGGGCAAGACGAGAAGACCGAGCGAGGGGCGGGGACGAGUCGUUCGAGUCCGGUCAGCCACGAGGGCGUCGGGUCAAGUGGUACGCGCUGCACACCCACACCCGCGCCAUAUGCUCACCCACCGGCGGACCUCGCUUCCGGCCUCGCCUCUAA